AUGGACGACAGCUACGAUAACAGGACUUCCUUAGUGAAGGGGGCCAAGGAAAUUGCCAAGGAGGCCAAGCGGCACGCCGUGAAAAAGGUCAACAAGGUCGUGGACAGCGCCACAGACGAGUACUCCCAGCGCAAAUACAGCCGGUUUGAGGACGAGGUAGACGAGGGGGACGACUUUUACCAUAAUCCCCUGAGGCAGGAUGGAGGCUACAAUGACAAUGACCAGGCCAGUGAUGCCAGCGAUGCCACAGAGGGCCAUGAUGACGAAGAUGAGAUUUACGAGGGGGAGUACCAGGGGAUCCCAGCGGCUGGAGACAGGAAGGCCAGGGAGGGGCAGGUGGCUCUGGGGCAGCCCGUCACAGACAGCCUGAGAGAACGUAAGGAGCUGGAGAAGGAGAGGCAGGCGGACGAGGAAGAACUGGCCCAGCAGUAUGAGCUGAUCAUCCAGGAGUGUGGCCACGGCAGGUUCCAGUGGCAGCUGUUCCUGGUGCUGGGCCUGGCCCUCAUGUCGGAUGGGGUGGAGGUGUUCGUGGUGGGGUUCGUUCUGCCCAGCGCCGAGACGGACAUGUGUGCUCUGGGUGGCUCCAACUCCAGAUCUGGAUGGCUAGGCAGUAUUGUGUACCUGGGGAUGAUGGUGGGGGCAUUUUUCUGGGGGGGAAUGUCAGACAAGAUGGGCCGCAGACAGUGUCUGCUCAUCUGCAUGUGUGUGAACGGCUUCUUCGCCUUCCUGUCCUCCUUCGUUCAGGGCUACGGCAUGUUCCUGCUCUGCCGCGUGAUCGCAGGCUUUGGAACAGGGGGGGUUGUGCCUAUAGUCUUCUCCUUUUUUGCGGAGGUGCUGUCCAGAGAGAAGAGAGGGGAGCACCUGAGCUGGCUGUGCAUGUUCUGGAUGAUUGGAGAGAUCUAUGCUUCAGCCAUGGCCUGGGCCAUUAUACCACACUACGGCUGGAGUUUCAGUAUGGGUUCGGCCUACCAGUUCCAUAGUUGGAGGGUGUUUGUGGUGGUCUGCGCCCUGCCCUGUGUCUGUGCUGUGGUGGCUCUCACCUUUAUGCCCGAGAGCCCCAGGUUUUACCUGGAGGUGGGGAAGCAUGACGAGGCUUGGAUGAUCCUCAAACAGAUCCAUGACACCAACAUGCGAGCGCGUGGGCAGCCGGAGAAAGUCUUCACCGUGAACAGAAUCAAGAUCCCCAAGCAUCUGGAUGAGCUGGUGGAGAUGAAGUCAGAGUCGGGGAACGCAGUCUCCAAGGCCCUCUUCAGGUCAAAGACAGAGCUACGUGGGAUCUUGGUUAACUUUAUGAAGUGUUUUGACUACCCUCUGAAAGAAAACACUAUCAAGCUGGCUAUUGUGUGGUUUACACUGUCCUUUGGGUACUACGGCCUGUCUGUGUGGUUCCCUGACGUCAUCAAGCAUCUUCAGGCAGACGACUACGCCUCCAAGGUGAAGAUCCACAGCAACGAACGCAUCGAGGACUUCACCUUCAACUUCACCCUGGAGAACCAGAUCCACACCAACGGGGUCUUCAUUAGCGACAGAUUUCUUAAUAUGAAGUUGAAGUCCGUCACCUUCAUUGACUCCACCUUCCGUAACUGCUACUUUGACGACGUGACGUCCGUGGGAUCCUACUUCCGGAACUGUACCUUCAUCGAGGCGUUCUUCUACAACACUGACAUCGAUGAAUCAAAACUGAUAGACGGCACAGAGGUGAUCAACAGCUCGUUCCACCACAACAAGACGGGCUGUCAGAUGACAUUUGACGACGACUACAGCGCCUACUGGGUCUACUUUAUCAACUUCCUGGGAACUCUAGCUGUUCUACCCGGCAACAUUGUUUCUGCACUGCUCAUGGAUAAGAUUGGACGCCUUUCAAUGUUAGGUGGCUCCAUGGUUCUGUCAGGGAUCAGUUGUUUCUUCCUGUGGUUCGGCACCAGUGAGUCGAUGAUGAUCUUCAUGCUGUGCCUUUACAACGGCCUGAGCAUAUCAGCCUGGAACUCACUGGACGUGGUCACCACAGAGUCCUUCCCUACAGACAGGAGAGGGACCGGUUUUGGGUUCUGUAAUGCUCUGUGUAAGUUAGCUGCCGUGUUGGGGAAUGUGAUCUUUGGUUCGCUGGUUGGCAUCACCAAGGCCAUCCCCAUCCUCCUGGCCUCAUCUGUGCUGGUGUGUGGAGGUCUGGUGGGGCUCCGGCUGCCUGAUACUCGGGCCAACGUCCUCAUGUAGCCCCAGGAAGGACCACCUCACCUGGGGAAGACCUGGGCCAAACCUGGGGACGGCAUGGGAAGCAAGGCGCAGAAUGGUGCAAAGGGUUUAGUUCAAAUGUUUCCUUAUGGAUUUUGACAUUUGAUUUCUUUAUUGCCCCUUCUGGUCUCACAGGGAGUUCAAUUGCAUAACCCCCCCCCCCAUCCCAUAUCUCUUUAAAACAGUAUACUUUUACUUUAUCAAUGUAUUUAUGUACAGGACCCAAGUAUCAGACCUUCUGGAUACAUCCCUGGGGUCGAGAGUGAACUCCUAUUUCUUAGUGAAUGUAUUGUUUGGGAAUGUCACAACACCCCUCUAAGAUUAAAUCAAUAUUUUAAUCUUAUUUUAUCAUGACAUAAUCAUAACAGUUAGUGGAUAUUUUAGUUACGCCUGUGGCUCAUUGGCUAACUAUAUGACUGAUUGCCUGUGGAUUGUGUCCAUCCAUACCAUCAUAGUAUUAGCUGUGAAGGAAACUCUGUGGGUCCUGUAGUCUGUUCUAUAGUUGGUUGAUGUGAAGUCUAGAUCAGUGGUGUAUGUGUGAGGAAAUAUCAGAGUCAAUGGCUGUCGGAUAUGAGUUGGCUGGUGGAAUCAGUACUGGGUUAGUGCUAUGAGAGUUGUGUAGAUAUCAGUAGUGCCUGUUGCGUUGAACUGUAUGAGUACAGUUUGUCUGGAGCCAUUGCAGGGACAGAGUUAGUGAGGGCUGAAAAUAUAAAUGUGUUUUUAUUAGGCCAAAACAGAUGGAGGAGAGAGGGAAAAACAAGCUGUAAUGAGCACAGCCAGCCUGCUGUGGGAGAGAAGGGGGAAUAGAUGAUCAGAAAGACUGGAGAGAUCACACAGCUGCAACACAGGUGGCCUGGACAGAGAGACUGGCAGGGAGGCAGAACCAGAGCGAGAACAAGGGUAUUUCUGGGCUACCGUGAAGAGUAUAGAUGGAUCUUUGUCAGGCUUGAUGUGUUCUCCUGUCUUUUCACAUGAUGUUUCUACUGAAUGUACCCUGCACUUGUUUUGUCUGCAGGAUAUGCGCACAUACCCUGAACCGUCAACCAUGAAGAGUCAUGGUGAUGGACAGGAUUUAACCCGCAGGAGCUGGUUUGAAGCAAAGCUUCUCACAGAUAACAUCAGAAACUAUAAUAACAUGUUAGUUUAUUAGUUUACACUGACAGAUGCAUAACAAGGUUUUUAUCAGUGUUCUACCCCAGACUACCACAUUCACAUAUAGACACUCAGAUCUCCAAGCCCUUUGCACCAGUUCUCUACCCAAGAAUAAAAAGGCCAUAUUUAAUAACUUUAAUUGUUAUUAUUUGAAGUGUACAUACUAAAUCUAGCAAUAUGUCUUAAGAUAUUUACAUUAUUUGCAGGUAUGUAUCUGCAGCUGUUCUAAACUUUGUUGGGGAAAAUGUAAGAAUACCUAUUUUUUUUCUCUGUGUAAAAUAUUGUUCUCUCCUCCUAUAUGUUGUAUUGUAUGCAGGCUCGCAGAAAGGGCUUUGUUUAUGUUCAGUAAUAUUGUUCUCUCCUCCUAUAUGUUGUAUUGUAUGCAGGCUCGCAGAAAGGUCUUUGUUUAUGUUCAGUAAUAUUGUUCUCUCCUCCUAUAUGUUGUAUUGUAUGCAGGCUCCCAGAAAGGGCUUUGUUUAUGUUCAGUAAUAUUGUUCUCUCCUCCUAUAUGUUGUAUUGUAUGCAGGCUCCCAGAAAGGGCUUUGUUUAUGUUCAGUAAUAUUGUUCUCUCCUCCUAUAUGUUGUAUUGUAUGCAGGCUCCCAGAAAGGGCUUUGUUUAUGUUCAGUAAUAUUGUUCUCUCCUCCUAUAUGUUGUAUUGUAUGCAGGCUCGCAGAAAGGGCUUUGUUUAUGUUCAGUAAUAUUGUUCUCUCCUCCUAUAUGUUGUAUUGUAUGCAGGCUCCCAGAAAGGGCUUUGUUUAUGUUCAGUAAUAUUGUUCUCUCCUCCUAUAUGUUGUAUUGUAUGCAGGCUCCCAGAAAGGGCUUUGUUUAUGUUCAGUAAUAUUGUUCUCUCCUAUAUGUUGUAUUGUAUGCAGGCUCCCAGAAAGGGCUUUGUUUAUGUUCAGUAAUAUUGUUCUCUCCUCCUAUAUGUUGUAUUGUAUGCAGGCUCGCAGAAAGGGCUUUGUUUAUGUUCAGUAAUAUUGUUCUCUCCUCCUAUAUGUUGUAUUGUAUGCAGGCUCCCAGAAAGGGCUUUGUUUAUGUUCAGUAAUAUUGUUCUCUCCUCCUAUAUGUUGUAUUGUAUGCAGGCUCGCAGAAAGGGCUUUGUUUAUGUUCAGCCUUUUGAUUUAGCGUUUCUGUUUAACGUUGCUUGUGGCAUUGAAUUUAUAUACAUGUCAUGCUGCUUCCUAUUCAAGAUACUGAAGGGCCUUUUUUUAAAUGUGCCUCUCCUUCGGUGGAGCGUUCUCCGCAUAGACAACAGAAGGGUACAGGAGGUAAACAGGAAGUGAACUGUGUGUGUGGUGUGUGAUGUCCCUUCUCACUACAGUCAGCAUUUUCAAGUACAUCAUUACAUUGGUGUGACCGUGACAGAUAUGUAUGAAGGUACAACAUCCAUCCUAUCCGUUUCAUCGGUUUAAAAAAAGAUGCCCCCCCCCCCCCCCCUUUGAGAUGAAGUUGGAGGAUGAUCUCAUUUAAACUGAAUUGGGGAGAAACUGAGAGCAAUAAGCUAUUUAUUAACUACUUGCAUAAGAGUGAGUGGAACUGCUUGCAUAUUUUAAGCAUUUUUUAAAAAGUUGUACAACUUUUUGAGUAAACGAUUACAGUGCUUGUUAUAAAUGUAAAAAAUGAAACACCAUACUGACAAUUUGGAUGACAUUUUAGAAUCAGUAACAAAAUCUUCUAUUUUUUGGAAGACUUUUAGCCAUAUAUACACACUGUGUGUACACAAUGAACAGGAUUCAAUACAAAGUUCAUUUACAAAUCUUACACUUUAUAAUGGAAUUUCAUUCGUGCUAAUGUUCCCCUGUCUAAAAUGUCACCCAAAUUUGGCAAAUGCAUCUGAUGUUUACAAGCAAUACUGUAGAAAUAUGUUGUUAUUACUGUAAACAGUAUAAUCUCCAGGUCUACAUACUGUAGCUAUAUAGUGUUUUCAUAUCUAAUUCACAGGUCUACAUCUCUACAUGGCUCUGUAGUGUUUUCACAUCUAAUUCACAGGUCUACAUCUCUAUAUGGCUCUGUAGUGUUUUCCCAUCCAAUUCACAGGUCUACAUCUCUACAUGGCUCUGUAGUGUUUUCACAUCUAAUUCACAGGUCUACAUCUCUACAUGGCUCUGUAGUGUUUUCACAUCCAAUUCACAGGUCUACAUCUCUACAUGGCUCUGUAGUGUUUUCACAUCUAAUUCACAGGUCUACAUCUCUAUAUGGCUCUGUAGUGUUUUCCCAUCCAAUUCACAGGUCUACAUCUCUAUAUUGCUCUGUAGUGUUUUCACAUCUAAUUCACAGGUCUACAUCUCUAUAUGGCUCUGUAGUGUUUUCACAUCUAAUUCACAGGUCUACAUCUCUACAUGGCUCUGUAGUGUUUUCACAUCCAAUUCACAGGUCUACAUCUCUAUAUGGCUCUGUAGUGUUUUCACAUCUAAUUCACAGGUCUACAUCUCUACAUGGCUCUGUAGUGUUUUCACAUCCAAUUCACAGGUCUACAUCUCUACAUGGCUCUGUAGUGUUUUCACAUCCAAUUCACAGGUCUACAUCUCUAUAUGGCUCUGUAGUGUUUUCUGUGGCUUACUGCCGGUGUAGCACGCCUGUUUCUGUGUGUGUUGUUUCUGUGAGUAUAUCGUAGUUUUAGUAGUCCACUGUAUCAAAACUGCUGUCUGCUUGCCCCCUCCUCAUAUCUAAAGAAAAGGGCAGGCUUCCAAUAAUGGGUACAUGUAGGGGUGUGCGCUUGUGUUUGCUUUACAUCGUCUUGGAUACAGUAAAGUCUGUUUUCUGAUUGUUUGUGUCUUGGUAUGCAUCACAAAUUAGCAACAACUGACUUUAUGACGACUUCAUGAUUUUUAAGUGAUGACAUAAUCAACAAAACUUGAGUAUUUAUAGUAGUAACAGUGACAUGGCAAAGCCAUUCUCAUUAGGCUGAUGUCAAACCACAGCUACUGACUACUGUUACCACCUCAGCAGUGAUAUGCAUUCAAUAAGGUACCAGUUGUUUAUGAACAAGGAUUGCAGCUAUAUGAUAGUACUGGAUGUGUUUAAACCUCUUAACCUAAUUGUGACAGCAUUGACUAUGAUAUCUUACAAAAUAUAAAUAAGUAUCUCUUUCUUUUGUUUUCUGGGGGUGGGGGGUAUUGUGUGAGUGUGUGUUUGCUUGCGUGUGUGUACAGUGAGGGAAAAAAGUAUUUGAUCCCCUGCUGAUUUUGUACGUUUGCCC